AGAAAACGAUAAAUCAGUACUAUCGUUUGGGGACAGAUUGAACAAAGCAAAAGACAUUAUGGAUUUUGGUAAAAGAGGUAGAACAUAUAGGCUUCGGUGUCUUUACUUUACUGUGGCGAUACUUUUAAUCAUGAUUGUUAUUAUUCCUCUCUACGAAUACAUUGAUUUUUGGUUUGACAGUAUUCACAGUUGUGAAUAUUCCUCAAAAGAUAAAUUGAAUCCUCCUAUUAUAAAGGUUAUCACUCAAACAAACCAGUCUGAGAAGAUCAAUAUUUUAGAUGAAGCCAAAAAAACAUCACCAAGAAUUCCCAAGCAGAAGCUUACAACGCAAUCAGACGAAGAUAUCACUGAUGCUGUUAUUCUUCAUGCUGACGAUGACAGACAACUAGCAUAAGAAUUCAUUCAUAAUAUGGAGGCAGAAUUUCCAGAAUUAGAACUGAAUUUUAAAAUAUUUGAACAGUUGAAUAUAGGAGAGCGUUUGUUUAAAUCAGCACCACUUAUGUUUAGAACCUGUAGAUACUUAUUUGUGUUCGUGACAACAAAAUUUGCACAGGAUGAUCUGCCGAGAUUUGUGAAUGAGAUCCUAUUGAUAGAAACUAUUACAUUUAAGGACAAAUGCAACAGAUUGAUACCGAUAUUGAAGGAUAACUGUUAUCUUCCAGAGUUAACUCCCCUUAUUCCUUUAAAGUACAAUAGAUAUUUGGAGGGCAAAUCUCAAAAUAAGGAAGAUAGCGUGUUUUUAAGUGGUUUUAAGAAAUUAGUCAUACAUGGGAGGAAAUCUUAUUUGACAUAACAUCUUGUUGGUAAAGAAGAAAUUAUAAAUGAUCAUAAAUCUUGUUCUGUAUUUAAAUACUCGUAUAUGAUAUUCUUAUAGUAGUUAAGAUCUGGAUUUAGAUGAAGAAGCCGGUCACUCGUUUAAUUGUUUGGAGAUGAGUGUAAAGCCUAUUUUGGAGCUUGUUCAUUAGUUUUUACAGUAUGGUGUGUUGGUCUACAAAAUCUCUUAUUAUUAAUGUUUGGAAUUUUUCGAAAUUUUUCUCCUUGUGUGUAUUUUAGUCGACAAGGUCCGUGUGAACAUUUGCAGUCACUUUGCAUACAUCAUCUAUCAAACUGUUCUUUCAAAAUCGUCUCUCCUGAAACUGCACAAUGGAUUGAAAUCAAAGUUGUCAGCUUCAUCUAUAGGAUGUCUAAUGUGAAGUGUGGGAUUUUCGUUGAGGUUGAUCAACCAUCAUGGAAUAUAACAUCAAUGUAAAACUUCAGUGUUUGACUAAUAUAUCGAAAACUAAAAUAAUUAGAGAAAAUCAUACAGGGUUAACAAUUUUCAGCACAGCAAGCUCUGUCUACCCUGUACAUUGUACAAAAACCUGUCAAACCGUUUUGAGUUCUUGCCCCUGAAUUGUUGGCAGUUCUUGGUUAAUGUUUCUCAAACUAUAGGAAUUUAAAAUUAAAAAUUUUGGCAGUUUUUUACUUUUAUCCUGGAACUAUGAUAUCUAGGUUGAAAGUGAAAAUUGCCAAAAUUACCAGCAGGACAUGAUCUAUCUAGAAAUUUUUUAAAAUCUGACAACCUGUUUUGGAGAUGUUGCCCCUAAAAUGUAUAUAUAUUGAUUUUAUAAACUUCCAAAAUUUAAAAUCAUAUUAAGAUGUUUGAAUCCCACUGAAGGAAUAACAACAAAUUUUCUAACGCAACAUGGUCGGGCUGAAUACGAGACGAAGUAUAUGCAAGUUAUGAAGUUAGUCCUGUAUCACCAUGGGUUAUCCGAUGUCCUAAAGUUGUCACAGUGUAGUUCGUGUUGCAACGAGGUCACAAAAGCAGGGGUUCGAAUCCCGCUGAGGGAAGAACAAAAAAUAAUGAUCAAGACUCUACUGUACUAUUAUAUAUCAAGAAUGUGGUACUUGUAUAUACUUUAAGAUGAGGACAUUUUGCAAAGAAAUUAUGUAGAUCCUUACAUUUUGACAAAGUAUAUGUUUCUUUAUUACCAUGUUUCCAAUACUAGUAAAUAUAUGUUAAUCUGAAA